AAAAAAAAAAUUUGAUCCAACUAUUUUCUAUAAAGUUUAAAGUAAUGUAUUUUUGAAAUUUAAGAUGCUAGAAUAGCAACAUGUAGCGCUUGUUUAUACGUACGCACGUGUUGAACAUGAAAGAAGUGGGCAUUGCGCUGCCCAAAUCGCGCGGUGUAGGCGUGGGCAUUGUGGGCGCAUUUCUGCUGUUUUUUAUUUUCUACUAUUUUUAUGGGGGUUAUAUGACGGUGACUCUCUUUGGAGCGAUUUUAUUACUUAUUUUCUAUUAUGCCCAAGACUUGCUCUUGUAUCAUCCGGACUUGCCAACAAACUCGCGUGUUUACAUUCCCAUACCCACAAUGCACAACCUGCCACAUCUAACAGUUAGUAUUAAGACGCCAGAUGACGUGACGCUACAUGCUUUCUGGAUCAGUCAGCCUGAGGAACGUUGCAAGUCGGUGCCCACAUUGCUCUAUUUUCACGGCAACGCAGGAAACAUGGGUCAUCGUAUGCAGAAUGUCUGGGGCAUUUAUAAUCAUCUGCAUUGCAACAUUUUGAUGGUCGAAUACCGUGGCUAUGGUUUAUCGACUGGUGUUCCCUCCGAGCGUGGCCUGGUCACAGAUGCACGCGCUGCAAUUGAUUAUUUGCUUACACGCCACGAUUUGGAUCAUAGCCAGUUAAUACUCUUUGGUCGCUCACUGGGUGGUGCAGUUGUUAUUGACGUCGCCGCGGAUACUAUAUAUGGCCAAAAACUAAUGUGCGCCAUUGUGGAGAACACAUUUACCAGCAUACGUGAAAUGGCUGUGGAGCUGGUGCAUCCAUCUGUGAAAUACAUACCAAAUCUAUUGUAUAAAAAUAAGUAUCACUCACUCAACAAGAUAAGCAAGUGCUCGGUACCUUUUCUAUUUAUAUCGGGCCUUGCGGAUAACCUAGUGCCACCGCGCAUGAUGCGUGCCUUGUAUACCAAAUGCGGUAGUGAGCAGAAGCGUAUGAUUGAAUUCCCGGGAGGCUCACACAACGACACCUGGAUAGUCGACGGUUACUAUCAGAGCAUUGGAGGUUUUUUGUUCGAGUUACAACAACAGCCAUCGCCAUUGCAGAAACCGCCGGAGAAGAGCAACGUAUGGGUUGAACUGGAACAUAAAAUUAUAGAUGUUUAAGUCCAAUUCAUAAUAUAUAUACACACAAAAGUGUUCUAUUGACUGUGUUAACACUGCGUUGGUAUACUAAUUAUAUACUAUAAGAUAUGAUAUAUGUACAUGUGCAUUGUAACAGAUUUUUUUAUGAAUCGAAUUAUGCUCUAGUUUUAAGCUGUUUUAUGCGCUUGUAGUUGUGUUUAUGGAAAGGCAAAUGCUUAGUGCGCUGUGGGUUCCAUAUUUUAAAUGUUAAACUACUUGUAUUAGGUUAAUUGUUAAUUAAAUGAGACGAUUAGCUUUAGGUUAGCCUACAAAUCUAAAUCAGGUUCCGCAAAUGCAAAAUACAA